UGAUAAGACAUUGUGUCAUGUGCUUCUUUUUUUUUUUUUUUAAUGACCUUUGACCUUGACCUUUUCCACUUUAAAGAUGAUUAGAAUUGUUUUAGCAUGCUAAAACUGAUGAGACAUCUCCUCUUCCAUUUUCCUAGUUAUACACAAUUAUAAUCAUAUAUACAAUGUAUACCAGUAUAUAUAAUUGAAUAUCAAAGGAAUUAUUUAUUUAAUAAACUGGCUAACAUUUGCUUGAAUUUUCUUUCAACUAUUUUGAUGUAAUAUUUGCAUUUUUAUAACUAUGUACAGUUGUUUAAGAUUUAUCAAUAUAGUGUUCAGCAUCAGUGUAAAUCAGUGAUAUUGAAACUUGAACUGCCUGCUCCUCUGAUAGGUGGAGGACUGGCCCCCUGAUCAGACCCCUAAUUACUCUCUCGUGCCUCUGGCUGUGCCAGCAGUGGAGGCUCAGGUUUCCCUCUCAUGACAGCUUGCCAUUGGAGCAUCAUGGCAGAGCAGAGAACAGGUAUUAUGAAUAUACCAAGUACACAAACACCAUUAGAAAACCUUUUCCACUACGUGCAUGGUGGCAUACAUGGUCUAAAUGACUACACCAUGGCAAAAAAAUCAGGAGCCUGGGAGAGUGGGUUUCAACCGGUCAGAAACUUUCAAAGCGGUCAACAAGCGUGGACUGCUGCAGGUUCAGUGGGGCAGUUGCAGAGACAGACAACACCAGUCACCUACACUCAACAGAUCGGCACCAUAGGUACAUGCACAAUAACAAAUGGACCUGCACAUCGGCAGCCAGAUCAUUUAUUCCAAGGAGGUUCUCAGCAGACUACGACCCCAAACAUUUAUCCUCCCUACCAGCAGUAUACAACUUCCUCAGUAGGGGUGGUCAGAGCACCAGCACAGCAGAACCAGUUUAUAGACAGAGCCUUUCCACCCUCCACCAAAAACAACCACUGCAGCAACCCAACUGCUUACACAACGCUUGCUAGCUCAGGAGUUAAUCAAAAUAUGCAUCUCAGAAGUCAGCCUGUUCAACCAUUCUAUUCACAAGAAAUGGCAAUGCUUCAAGUACCCCAUCAGCCUGCAAUGUCACAAACUAGUCAUUCUCAAGGACAAGCAGCAAGAAUCAAUGUGUCUGAAGGGCAGUCUGGCAUGUAUAGAAAUUUUUCAAUGCCGCCUCGUCCGAACUUCUCAUCACAACAGGGCUACACUGAGAUCAGUAGUCAUGGUAGCCAAGCAAACCAUGGAAUGAGACCACUUCAUACUCCAAAUGUAAAUCACCAGAGACCACCAUACCCUUUCCACCCAACACAGCGAAAUUCAUCACAGUUUGAUCCACCCCUGAGAAAUGUGAAUCUUCGACAUCAUGUACCUUCAACAAGUAGGCCACAAUUCCACCCAGCUUUCAGACCUUCAGGAAGCGUCCAUUCAAUGGUAAAUCCUUUACAGAUGUCAUCUGAGCAACUCCAAUCAUCACAAGAUUGGCAAUGUUUUCAGCAGAAGGCAACAAUUUAUGCUCCAAAUAUUCCACAUGGGCCAAUACUUGGGUUUUAUUUCCACUGUCGCCAAUUUUAUGAACACCAUCUGAGAUCAGUAUUACACCCUAACUCCCAGGUUUAUACAUUUCAUGACUUUUGUGAAGAAUACCUAAAGCGUCAGGAGAAAAACGGGGCAUUUAAGAUUUUCCCAUCAGCUCAAAAUACUGCAGAUGUUCAAGAGAAUGAGAAAGAGCCAUCUGACAGGUCACUCCUAGGACAAUGGUACAGGCAUCCAGAUGAAAAUCAGAUUCAAGCAAUGAAUCCACCAGUCUCUUCAGUGAAUAAUAUAAACAAUGACUGUGUCCUUCAAUCAACUGACCAUGUAGACAUCCCCGUCUGUCAACAAAAUGCAGUUUCAGCGACCACUGUGUGUCAGGAUGACCAUGUCGACAGUGAUCAGGAAUACAUCAUCACGCCAACAGAUGCAUUUAAAGUCGAAGUGAAUGAAAACUGGGAGAGUGAACAAAGUAACUGUACCAGUCCCGAAAGAGAAAUGGACAAUUUCGAAAGAGAAGUGGAAGACAUUGAAGAUGCAAUCGCCACCAAUGAACAAGACGACAGUGAAAAAGCGAAACAUUUGACAAUUAAGUUACCAUUUCAUCCACCUUCCAAAAGUGAUGACAGGAGGAAGAGCUUAAUGUCUGCUGAUCAGAAUGUGAUCUCAAAUAAGGAUAUGCAGAAACUCUCAGAGGUUGUGAAUAAAGUGAUGGUAAACAUGAAGAAUACCGUAGACCCCUCACCAGACACGGUAACAUCCACAGCGGAAGCUAUUUCAGAAUCAUCGUUUGUGGAUUGCACUAGAACCCCUAUAGUCGCUGAAACUCUGACAACUGACAGUGAUUUAUCAAGAAAUGAAAAGGCUAGAUAUACAAUUGGUCAGAAUGCCAGUCAUGCCCAGCAGAAUAAAACAAAUUCUGUCACCAAAAGAAAGCAUUCUACAGCAGAAGUUGAUCCAGAACAUGAAAUACAGUCUGUGAAUCUACAUCCAUCCAAAAAGCAACGCAAAGAGACCAGUGAUGAGAACCCUGGUGUGCCCCAACUGACCAACGACAACCAGAUGGGGAAAGAAAUAUAUGUGAAGGAUGUUGUUCCUCUUCAGCAAACCAAAAACACAUCAGUUGAUAAGAGUGUGUUUUCCAAAAGUGUGGAAUCUGAAGAGAGGGGAAAGGCUGACAUGUCAAAGAAUGAGGAAAGUGGUCAGAAAGAUCCUCUACAGGAAGCAGGUGGCAUACAUAGUGAAUCUCAGAGAGAACCUCCACAGGAAGCAGGUGGCAUACAUAAUGAAUCUCAGAGAGAACCUCCACAGGAAGCAGGUGGCAUACAUAGUAAAUCUCAGAAAGAACCUCCACAGGAAGUAGGUGGCAUGCAUAGUAAAUCUCAGAAAGAACCUCCACAGGAAGCAGGUGGCAUGCAUAGUAAAUCUCAGAGAGAACCUCCACAGGAAGCAGGUGGCAUACAUAGUAAAUCUCGCUUACUAUUCCUAAUCAAAUUUCAUGGAGAAGAGGUCUUGUGCAUUAAUUGUGAGAAGGGUCAUUACCUUUUAAUGCGAGAAAUUUUAAAGAAAAACUUUGUUUGUCUAGCGCAGACCAGAGGCAGUAAAGGCAAGAAAAACCUGCACUCAAAAUAUUUCACUGAUGUGUUUCUGGCCAAAGAACGUGAUCUCAACAUUCCAUACAAGGAGUUGCCAGAGGACAAGAAAUCGAAAGUGAAAGAAUACAUGACGAAAUCAAAUAUACUGACAAAAGCAGGGAAAGGAAACCAUAUUGGAAUUAUCCACAUCAAUGAUGCUCACAGGCUGUAUCAGUAUUUCUUUGGGUUAAAGAAUUGUAGAGAUAACUGCAUACAGUUACAUCACAACUCGGACAGGGACUGGAUGCUGCCAAACUGUGAAACAGGGAGUUCUGUUGCAUUAAGUGUCGUUGAAAGGAAUGAUGUUGAAAGGGAAGCAGUUGUCUCCUUUGAAUAUGAGAGUGAUGCUACUAUUCCCUACACUGAGGGGAGUGAUGAUGAUGAUGUUAUUUUGCUUGAUGAAUUAAGUUUUUCAGAUUCACAGGAAGUCUCUGCAAGCAAAAUGAUGAAAACAGAGGAAUGCAGUGCUAAAGAUAGCAAUGAGGAAAUUGUUGUAAUAGAGACCAGUCUGAGUGUAAAAAUGGUGGAGAUGGAUGCUUCUUAUGCAAAUAGUGAAGACUUGAUGGAAGAAAUGAAAGAAAGAGUUAAAAGUGAUAAAAUGCAAGAUGACUCUUUUCCACUUGAAAUUGAUCAUGCUGAAGUUAAUGAUCCAACUGAAAACGGGGAUGAAGGUGAGAUUGAGCUGAGAGAAGGAGUCGCCCCUUUGUAUGGGGAUGAAAGUGAGAUCGAGCUGAGAGGAGGAAUUGCCCCUUUGUAUGGGGAGGAAGGUGAGAUCGAGCUGAGAGGAGGAAUUGCCCCUUUGUAUGGGGGGCAAUUCAGGUUUCUUGUCAUUGAUGGAAUCAAGUUUUAUCCUUUUGCUGACUUAUGCAAGAGAUUUGAUGUGGUUGAACUUACAGCAUGUAUGAAAAUGAGGAAGGACGACAAGUACAGGGCGUUCAGGUGUGAACAGAUAGAGGCAGAUUUUCUCAAUCGUUUGGAGCCCUUAUUGCCAAAAAUAGCAGAAAAUGCAACUCUACUGGAGGAGGAUAUUUUGUUCGAUAUAGCUCAAGGGAAAACCGAUGUGGACAAACCAGACGAAAGUCAACAACUGGAAGAAAAGUUUGUUAUGUCAAAUAAUCCAGAACAUCCAGACCAGGCUACAAAUCAAAAUCGGCUGCCUUCUGCUGAACCGGAACAAAAGGGUCAGAUUUCAAACUUCCCCAUUUCGAAAAACUUGGUAAAAAUCACCACCAACCCUGAUGAUACUUUUUUGGUGAGAGAGAUGGUUAGUCCUGUCCAGAACGAAGAGGAUAAGGCAGUUUCAAAGAAAAAUAGAAUUCUCUGUACUCCAGUCCACAAUAGAUGCAGUUCAAGUGAUGUGGAGAUUUGUCAGACAAACGAGGUUUCCAGCACCAUGCAGACACCCAUUUCUGAGGAGAAAGAAAUUCAAAGAAAUUUAGCCCAAGACUUUACAGCAGCUGAAGAACAGCAGACAAACAUUGUGGAGAGCAGUUCCUCGGAGUUAGAUUGCUGUGACGUAGUGCAGAAUUCCACAGAAAACAACAAUAACAGCCAGAAUGCCAGUGAUGCCAUGUUGAAUAUUGGCGUACUACAGAAGGUCCAGAAAACUCUCUCCAGUAUACCUCCCACUGCAGAUACCACACAGAUCCAUCAGGCUCUCCAAGAGUUCUUCAAAACCUGUCGGGAAACUUCCUCUGAAGCUCAGAAGAUUGUCACUGAGGCAUUUGUCUCUGUUCUAAAACAAAAUAUGGUCUUGCAAAAUGAACUCAGUAAUCUAAGAUCAGGUAUUGCUGAUCUUAAAGAAGACAAAGGAAAAUGGGAGAAUGCCACCAAAAAAUGUAAAGAGAUUACAAAGCAAAUGGAGGACAUAGAAGAUGUAUUGUUGUUGGAAUGAGAGGAGAUUUGAAAACCAUAUGCAGAACUGAGGACCUGAAGUACCCAUCCUAUUGCACAAAUAUCUCAGGUUGUUUCUUGAACUGUGGUUGUGAAGUCUGUGGGGUUUUUUUUUGGGGGGGGGGGGGUUAUUUUUGGAAAACUUGUCAAAAGAUUCAUGUUUGAUAGUUUAUCCCACAACUUGUACAUGUAUCUGUUGCAUACAAUGGACUAUACUCACUUUGUAUUCGAUAUUGUAGAAAUUAGAUGUAACCGACAAUCUCUAUAAUUCUGUGUUCAUUUUGCCUUGUUACAAAAUUUUGUACUUGGCAUGAUGUGUAUGCCAAAUUCCAUGUUAUUCACUUUGUAAAUACUCAAGUGCCGGUGAUGAGGUGUAAAUUCAUCUCUUGUGCUGUAUGGAGGCAAACUUUUUUGCAUUUUGUGCAGCUUUUUUUUCUAUUUUUGAAAAUUGUUGGUUUUGUUACAUUUUUACAAUUCAUAUAUAUGUUCAUACACCAAACAAAGGGAGCAGAUAAGCAAUAAAAAGUCUGUGUUUAAAAUAUGAAAACCAAAUUACAUUUAUAUAUGGUAGUCCUAAAACGUUUUUCAAUGUACAUAUAUUUUAUCAUGCAUUUCAAUUUCACUUUAUUAAAUAUACAUUUCAAUAGGAUAUUCAGUGUAUAAUGGAAGUAGAUUGAACAAUUUUGAAUGAUUUAAAUCCAGAUAGAUUUUUAUUGUUAAAUAAUGACAAAAGUGAAAUUGAUCAUCUUCACAGGACUCAGGUUCCUAGUUUCAUACUUAAAACUUAUUGGAAGUUACCCACCUUUGAUUAGAAUAAGAAAAAUCUCAUUUUUUAAAAAUAUCUGCUGUAAAUGAUUUAUUUCCUUUCAUAGUUUUACAAAGAGAAAGUUUAUGAAACUUUUUUACCAAGAGAUUUGUAUGAAAAUAGACUUUCUGUUUAAAAUGUUUGAUUAAAAGUGGCUCUUUCUAUAAACUUCACUGUAAAAUUGAAGGUCGAAUAAAUCUAGCAUUAAUCAAACUUUUGUCUCUGUUUGGGACUGUUUUCAAAGUCUUGGAGUUAUCAUUCACCAGAUUUAGGGUGUUACUUACAGAAUAUCAUAUCCCCAUCUGUAUCAAUAUAUAUAAUUAACCACUGAGCAAUGAUCUUCAUUUCUACAAAUGAAAAAGUUCUUGAUGUCAAAACAAAGUUUAUUGCAGUAUAUUGGUGUUUAUCUUUAAAUUGUCCCUGUUUAUCUUUAAAUUGUCUCUGUUUAUCUUUAAAUUGUACCUGUUUAUCUUUAAAUUGUCCCUGUUUAUCUUUAAAUUGUCCCUGUUUACCUUUAAAUUGUCCCUGUUUACCUUGAAUUUGAUGUAGUAUACUGUAUUGAUAUCAGUCAUGGUAUCAAAUUUAUGGCAAAGGGUUAAAGAAAUUUGUGGAAAUGUCCACCUUGGAUUUUUUUCUUCGCUUGUUGAAUAUUGCGGAUUAUAUUUGUCGUCCUGAUCCGUCAACCCUUGUAGACACAAUUCAAGAUACGAGAUACGAAAUGGAAUGUGUUAGUUUCUGCUGUAAAAAAGUAUUACCCUGUGUUCGUACUCAAACUAACGCAUGGAAAAUUGUGGACUUUCUAUUUACUUUUUGUACUUGGACAGACUGCAUGUCGAUAGCUUUACUUUUGUGAUACCUGGUAGUAUUCAGGUCUAUGCAUGAUCAAUUUUACCAGAUUUUAAUUUUAUGUGAGAUGUCAAAUUUUCGGAAUAAAUAACUUCUUUGUCAUAACAUUGGUAUUGCGCAGUUCAAAAACAAGCUGCUCAUUAUUUUUAUUUUUUUUUUUAAGUCAAAUGUCAUUUUAAAAAAGUUAGAAAAUGAUUGCCAUAAUUUAAACAGACUGCCACUGCAUGAUUUAUAGUAUGCACUCUAUGUACAUGCAUGUAUCAUAGUUUAUCAGUUCUACGUAGUUGUCAUAAUUAAAACGAGUCUUUAUUUCACAAACAUCUUCCUUUUACAAAGUCAUAAAAGAUUUAUGGGGAGGGGGGUUAUUUUAUAUUUUACUCUUUGCUGAGAACAUACCAGUGGAAUAUCACAGGUCCUGAUUGAUCAACAUAUACAUUUGUAAAAUUUGUAUUAGAUGAAAUCAGUCUUGUACAUAUUGCAAAUGACAUAGCAUUUUAUUUUUAUAAAAUACUCGGUAUAAUUGAAUUUUUCCUAUAAGCUUGCUUUUUCUGUUGAUAAUUUCAAUCAAAAGUAUAAAUGGCCUUCGGAUCCCAUCCACUCACACACAUAUAUGCUGGGCAUCACAUUUCUGGGAGUUGUACAUGCGAUUUGUUUUCCCUGUUAACAUUUAGGUCACUUAUUACUUUGAUCCAUAAAGUGUUUUUUUCUGAUAUAUGGGUUUAAUUCAUUUCAUAUGCAUUCUACAUGCCUUUAAAAUUAUAUUUCACGUUGUUUUAUUGCAUUUUGUGAUGGCAUUUCAAAAUAAUCAUUGAAAUAUGUUACAUAUAUAUAAUUUUCACUAGAUAACAAACAUUACAGACUUGACAGCGAUUUUAAACAUGUUUUAUACAGAUCAGUAUUAGGUAUCUGGCACUUUGUGACAAGUGUGGAGUAGGAAACCAUAUGCAUCUAGGUACAUGUACAUACCUUUUCAAUAUGCAUAAAUUUUCAUUGGAAAAUAUGGACUUUAAAGUACCAAUAUAGAUAUACAUGUGUAGUCGCAAGAAAUUUGUCUCUGUACAUGUACUAUUUUGAUUUUGUGCGUAAGCAAGUGAUUUGUUUCUUUCCAUGAACAAUUUAAUACCUGUAAUUCAUUUGACAUCUUGUAUAAGGUAGAUUAACUGAUUGGAGCACUAUAUUGUGUUGAAAUUCAAUACAUCACAGCUUGUACCUCUUAAACAGAUUUAAUUAUGCACCAUGUAUGUAUAUGUCGACUAUGUACAACAUGUGCAAGCUGUUACAAAAUAUUUCAAUAUGGGCAUUUUUAUAUUAGCACUUUUUUUGGUUAUUGUUUCAAAAAAAUAAAUUGGUUCAAAAUA